AUGCGAGACAUUUCGAGGAUCAUCUUCACGUUUUGUUUAUUUGCCGAGAGCAUAGCAGACAAAAAGUAUUGUUGGUACUUGGAGGGAGGAUAUCCCAUAUAUUUUAUAUGUAAGUCGUAUGAGGACUGCUGUAGUACGCGGUGCUGUGUUCGAGCCCUCUCCAUCCAGAAAGUUUGGUAUUUCUGGGUGCUAUUGAUGCUGGGUAUUCUGUUCUGCUGCGGGGCUGGAUUUUUCAUACGAAGACGUAUGCACACAGCCCCUCUCCCAGAACAGCCAGACAUCAACGUUUCCUACAGCAGAUAUCCUCUUACAGCUCCAGGGUUGCAGCAGCAGUCUGGUUUUCAAGGGUAUAGAGAGCCAGGGAAUGUGGUCAUUUCUCCUGUUUAUCAGAUGCAGUCUCACCCUCCCCAUAUGACUGCAGUCUACCCACCCCUACCUUCAUACUGUAACCAGCCACCUCCCUCCUAUGAGGAGGUUCUACGGGAUUCGGUUAAGAAAUAA